CCGGCGGCUAACGCCAGUCCGCGUCGAAGCGAGUCCAAAACUUUUAUCGAGGUCAAAUAUGGCUCUGUCAUUCCUUUUGGUCUUUGCGGCAACUGUGAUUCUCAUCAGACCCGAGACACCUGUCACCAAGGCUCUUCGUCACAGUUUACUUGAGUGCUGCGGUGAGAAACUGAAAGCGAACAGCUCGUGUUCGAACGACACUCGCUGUGAACCAGGAUGCUACUUGCGUGUCAUUGAGAACAGCAACACCAUUUGCAUACACUGUGAUUCAGCAACGGUGGACCUGGAGAACUUAACAGCUUGCAGCUACAAUUACACUGUGGAGAGAAAAAAUCAUACAACAGUUACUACUGUCAUUCCUAAGAUUGGAGGUCCAGGUGUGGCGGUCUCUCUCCUCCUGGGAACUCUGUUGAUCAGCCUGUUUCUGAUUCUCACCGUCGCCUCCUUUUUCUACCUCAAACGUUCCAACCGGCUCCCGAGUGUUUUCUACCGCCGCAACAAAGCCUUCAUAUUCCAACCAAGUGAGACAGCUGUCAUGAUUCCCUCAUCUUCAGUGAGGAAGCCACGGUAUGUCAGAAGAGAGCGGCCAUCUGCAACAUCAACUCUGAGUACGGUCACAAUACCCACCGGGGCCACCACAAAAGUCUAUAAUGUGUAGGAGGGCUUCCAGUAGCAGCUGCUGGACUGGAAGCAAGCCUCAGGAAAGAGCUUGGUUUUUUUUUUAACCAUGUAGGGUUGAAAAGACAGGUGCAGUUUACUGAUAAUGAAGUUGGAGCUCAACUGCUGCUGCAUCUGAAAGCAUCAAACAUAUAUAUAUCUACUGCAUUCUUGUGUGAAGGGUUUUUACUUGCUCCUUCAAUUGAUCCUUGGGAUUUGCGAGGAAAAAAACAUGGAUAGUAGUCUUCAGAUGAUAUCAGUUGGUCUUUAUCACUACGUAGUCUGUCCAACAUAUUGAUGCAGCUUCAGAUUCCGUUGAAUUACUAGCAAGACAAGAUGAUCAAAAUGCCGGUAUAUGUCAAAAAAUGUGAAACGCGACCAGUUUCUAUGCCUAGCUAGCUGUGUGAGUGCGAGAUUAGUGCGGCGGAAGACGCACAUUGUUUGGUAGAUAAGCUUUCGAUAGUUUUUAUUUUAGAACACGAGGCUGACGGGAAGCAGCCUUUCGCUCCGCUGUUUUUCAAGCUGUAUUGAGCUUUAAUGUACAGGACCUGCGCGCAUCAACCAUAUCAGUGACUCAAGCCAACGGCGUAGUGUGGUUUCCGUCUUAACCCAGUUUUUGUAAUAAAAAAAAAAGGUCACUGGCCAAUAUUUAACGGGAAAUCCUUUUCUUUUAAAGGAUUUGUUUACACGUGAUAUUUAUUUCCAGCUUGCCAUUUUGAACAAUGAGUUGCACUCGUAGUAAAUCAUGCCGACAUGCCUGUUGAGUACCAAUGAAGUUCUGACGUGUUUUGGUGGAGGGUUUUAUUGAGGGGUGUGAUGCGCUGUAUAGGAUAGAUGUGAUGUUUAGGAUUGAUUGUGAAAUUACCUUACAUUUUUCUUUUCUUUUUUUUUUAACUUAUUUUUCGAUCGAGCACUCAACCAAGCUGAAUGUAUCAUGCCUCAUCGUCUGUCUUGACACACACAUAAUGCACCGUACCCUACUACAGUUGUGAGGACAGACGUUCUUGUUCAUGUCAUUGCAUCCCUCAACACAAAAUUUAAGGUUCUAUAAUCCCUUAAUCAGCAAGCCUCUUGAAUUUCCUUAGUAAGUUCAGAUCAUCUCAACGCGUGAUAGUCCCCCCCCCCCCCCGCCUUUUCCAAAAGACAGACUUACCAAAUGUAAAUGCACUUUAUUUGCCGAAUGGAAACCCCUUGUGGUUUGUGACGUCACUGCCGCUGUGUGCGGCGUGAUCAGAUUGUAACAUGACUGUAGCGAUGCAAAUAUUACUUGAUCACUGUUACCUUUGCCAAAUGUUGUCUGAGGAGAAGCGCUCGAACGUCACGGUGAGCUUUAAAGGCGACCAGGAAAAGUGACUUGUGUCAUCUGUGAUGAAUGACGGACGUUUGAAUCAUGUCACGUGGCCUUCAACAAUUUAAAGUCAUGCUCUGUUACCUGUGUCAAACUUACUGGAUGGUACUUUCUUUUUACUGCCUUUUUUUUAAGCUAUACUAUCAAAGAGAUGAACUUCAGAGUUUGUAAAUGUUCAUUAUUCCAAGAAUCUUUACCAUUUUUGUUUUAAACAUUAUUUUGCUGUGUAGCCGUUCAUAAAGAUUUGAUUCAUGCACACCCAGUUUUAUACAAGUGUGUUGUUUUUGUAAUUAUGUAUAUUAAGUAUCCUUGUUUUGUCAUGAAGUAUGUCAUAAAGAUAUGUAUUGUUUACAGAAGUAAAGCACCUUAUCUUUAAUGCUCGUUUUCGCCAUCGAUGUUUUAUUUCUUCUGUUAAAAGUGGGAUUUUAAUGAUGGUCCUGUGUAUGAAUCACCAUCACACACACAUUGUGUUUUGA